AUGCCUCCAGUUUACGAGGAUAAAAUUGAUAUACCUAGAUCUAUAGCAGUUAGUGGAGCACCUUUACCUUCUGCUAGAGCAAUAUCUAAUGCUAUACAUAUUGACAGAAAUUUUGAACAUAAAAAAUUUACACAUAUGGUAAUGCAAUUUGGACAAAUUUUGGAUCAUGAAUUAACACAUUCACCUGUGGAGAGAGGUCCAAAUGAUGAAAUAUUAAACUGUACACAUUGUGAUUCUCCAAAGACGCUUUCAGAGCAUUGUAUGCCUUUAUCUAUUCCUGACAAUGAUCCUUUCUUUCCCAAAAUUGACGAAAAUGGAGAACCUCGUUGUUUACCUUUUGCUCGAUAUAGGAAUCAAUUAAAUCAAUUAACUUCAUUUAUUGAUGCUUCUGUUAUUUAUGGUUCUACACAUUGUGAAGCACCUCUUUUAAGGACAUUUGAUGGAGGGCGUUUAAAUUCAACAAAUUUGGGACAUUUUAACCCAGAAGCACUCCCGCAAGGUGAUCAAGAACAAGAUUGCAGGCCUUUAUUUCCUUGUUUUAUUGCUGGUGAUGAAAGAAAUUCACAUCAACCAGGAUUAACAACCUUACAUAUAAUAUUUUUAAGAGAACAUAAUCGUAUUGCAAGACAAUUACAAGAAAUAAACCCCAAUUGGAAUGAUGAAAAAAUUUAUCAAGAAACUCGAAAAAUUAUUGGUGCUAUAUUUCAACAUAUUGUUUAUAGAGAAUAUUUACCAAAACUUAUUGGUCAGAAAGAGAUGAUUAGACAUGAUUUAUUACCGAAAAGUUCUGGUUAUUAUACAAAUUAUGAUCCGAAUUGUGAUGCUUCUAUUUCACAUCCAUUUGCGACAGCGGCUUUUCGUUUUGGACAUACAUUAAUUAGAAGAUAUUUCCCUCGACUAGAUCCUCGUUAUAAAAAUUAUUCUUUACCAAUAGAUUUGGUUGAAAAUUUUAAUAAUAUGGAAGAAAUAUAUAAUGAAAGAGCAGGUGGCUUUGAAAGUAUUUUACUUGGUCUUAUUGGAACAAAAGCGAUGGCUUUCGAUAGACAUAUUACUGAUGCAGUUAGAAAUCAUUUAUUUGGAAUUAGAGGAUUACCUUUGUCUGGAUUUGAUUUAAUUGCUUUAAAUAUACUUAGAGCUAGAGAUCAUGGUGUCCAAACAUAUAAUUCUUUUAGAGAAUUUUGUGGAUUAACAAGAGCUAGAAACUGGGCAGAUUUAAAUAAUGAAAUGGACCAAACAACAAUUGAAGCUCUUCAAAGUGUUUAUGAAAGUUAUGAAGAUAUUGAUCUAUUUCCUGGUUUAAUUUCUGAAAGGCCAAUGCCUGGGGCUUUAAUGCCUCCAACAAUGGCUUGUAUUAUUGCAGAACAAUUUCAAAGAUUAAAACGUUGUGAUCGGUUUUAUUAUGAAAAUGAUGUUCCAGAAAAUGUUCCUUUGUUAAAAAGAAUUCAACCAGAUGUGUUUUCUCUACCAGAUCAACUUUCAAAUACUCAAAUUCCUUGUAAAGAUUUUCCAAAAAUGGAUUUAACCAAAUGGAUGGAAAGAUCUGUUUGUCUUAUUGGAAAUUCUCAAGUUGUUAGAGGUUCAACGAAAUUAAAAAGUCCCUGUGUUAAAUGUACUUGUACAAUUGAAGGACCAAAAUGCAGAGCGAUUAAAAUAAUUAGUUGUGCAAAUCUUUUGGAUAAUUUUUUGAUUAGUGAAAUACGUGAAGAUGGGGCAUGUAUGGUUAGUUUUUUGACACUCUAUAAUUUUAUUCUAAUUUUAAAUUUUUAUCCAGAUGCAGUGUGGACAACAGAUUAA